UGUUAUUGAUAAUCAUUAUUCUGUAGAUUGUGUGUGUGAUAUUCUCAGGUAUCACCCAGUUUUUGCUGGGGAUACUCAGUCAUGUGCUGAGUUUAGACCAGUUGCAAGCAAGAAAAAUAUUUGAUGGAUCUUAAAGAUACAAAUACAUAUAUGGUACCUCAAAGUACCUUUCUCAUGCCUUUCUGAUGGGACAAAUCAUAAGUCUUUUGGAAUACAAAAAAUAUGGAUAUAUAUCAAAAAAUUUUUCUCACAGUGGGGAAAACAGUUAUUGCCAGCAAAUAAGAAGAUGCAGGGGAAACAUGUUUGCUUUAUGUCAGCUUCCUUCUCGAACCAAAACCUCCAAAACAAAUUGGUCCGUCUAUAUGUAACACGGGCCCAUGAGAAAGCAUAUCUCACUUCCAUAUCUAUACACAAACCUUGAGCCUACGAUUAUUUUGGGUUCUUGUCCAGCGUCUGAGGCCUGCAUGGUGACAUUUUAUUUGGCAACUAUACCGCUGACAAGGAGCCAAAAUGACUCUGGGCUCGAGAUUCCUGAUAUACCCCACCGCGCCCCCCACAGCCAGCUGAUAUCCACGAGGAGAGAGUAUGGCUGCCAAGAAUGCACACGGAAGUACUGAUGAUGAGAACAGAAAGAGACGACUGUCACAAUACCUACCUUUUGAGGCAACUGAAACUCCUAAGUGGGGUAAAAAAGAAGAUGUUUCAGUCCAGGAGAUGAUAGAAGAAAUUCUGAGUCAUCUCAGAGAGUGGGAAGAAAUCAAAGGUAGAUACGAUAAAGAGCUGAUCGACAAAGUCCAGAAGCAGUUUCUUGUCGAAUUUAUUUUCCACGUGAACAUGGAAGAGGAAAAGGGUUUUUCAACUUUUGAAGAAACCGAUAAAUUUCUAACACAUCUCUACGCCCGAGACGGUAGUUUGCAACGUCAACUCUCGAUUAAAGAACAAGAAACUCUGAACUUAAGGAACGCUUAUGAACAUUUGUUGGCAAAAAUCAAGAAGGAAGAACGAUCGGGUGAUUACGGCCUUGUGGAAGCAAGUUUACUCCAAGAAACACAUGGUAUGCUUAUGAAAGGUAUUGAAAUUCCAAAAGACAAGACAAAACCAGGAAUAUUCAGCAAACUCCCUCGAAAAACGGAAUAUAAAGGAGAAGAGUAUGAGUAUCAAAAUCCAGAAGACAUGGAAAGUGCUGUAUGCAAAUUAUUAGACCAAUGCAAUGACAUGUUCGACUGUUGUAUCAAAGAUGGCCUCAAGGAUUCGUACGACUUGUACUCUCUGUUCAAAACUUGUGCUUGGUUACUUUUUGAACUUUUAGAUCUGCAUCCAUUUUCAGAUGGCAAUGGUAGACUUUGUCGUAUUCUUUGCAGCUAUAUGCUGUCAAAGUUUACUCCUUUUCCAACCCCGGUCUACAAUGUGUGGACAAAUUCGUGCAAAGAUGACUACAGGGAUGCUUUAGUUGCUGCCCGGAAGUCUAAAGAGAGGCAUCCUUGUGAUUUGACAACCAUGAUAAUAGAGUGCAGUUAUCAUGGCUGGAAAAAAUUCAAAGAUGCUAUCAAAGAAAACACCCUUCAGGACAAAAGUGUUCCCUCUGGAAAAACAUGUUGAGCUUGGACUCUGUUGAAAUCUUAAUUGUGAGCACAGAUCAAGAGCUGCUGUCUUAUGUGGUAUCAGUGGAAUUGCUAAAUUAUGAGUAAAUCAACCCGCAUAACACUUUCUGUGAAGCUCAGAAAAUUGUGAACACCAGGAAAACUCUUAGAAUAUUUCUGGGGAAAAAGUUAAUCACAGUCAGAAAAACUGAACCACUGAAAUUGUUAUUGGAUCAUGGUUUGAGGUUUUCUUACAUUUCUUGAACUUCAUUUUGAUUGAUCAUACACAAUUGACCUGUCAGAAUUAUAUCCUAAUGUUUAAGGUUUCCUGAGCUUCAUAGUUAAGAUAGAUAACCAAUUGCACUCUUGGGAAGGGGCGCAGACUACUUCUUGGAAGUCACUGAUGGACACAUAAGGUUUCUAAUUCUUGUCUUGGGGUGGAAAAAAACCAAACUUUAUAAAGGGAUUGAAAUCAUAUUUAAGAAGAGUUUGGAAUCUCUAUAAAUUCAAAUUAUUUUUUGAUUAUUACUAAAUUGACAAAUUAACUUAUUAAAUAACAAUAUGAAAGAAUCUUACCUUCCCUUUUAGAUAGGGAUGUGAAGUUCUGAUAGGAUGGGAUGGGAAGUUCUGCUGACAGUUAUCUACCAAGCUGUGCUCUUGGAACAAUGGCUUAGUGCCUGAAGGCUCUUGAAUCAGUAAUCUGGGAUGUCAAGCCUUUGAAAGUUUUCAUCGAAGCAAAGUUUUAUAAGUUGCCCAAAGAUAGAAAUAAGCUACCUCUAGCAUAGCACACAAGCUCUGCUAGAGCACAGCCUUGUUUCAAGCCAAAGAAAACAUCUUCACAUGUUAGUCUGUAUGUGUUGCUGACAGAAAUUAAAUUGAAGUUUUUUAAAUGCUUAUGAUUAAAAUGGUUUUAAUACCUUUUAUGCCAAAUACAUACAUGUAUAUGUCAAUUUUAUCUGAAUUUUUGUGUUUUAGAAAAUUUUUCAAAUUGGUAUAUAUAAAAAAUAAAGAUUGAGGAAGACUACUUUACUAUUUAAAAAUGAAGGAAACACAAUGAAAUAAGUAGAGGUGUUAAUGUAACUGUUUAUUCCAUUGUACUGAAAGUAAGGAUUUUUUUAAUUUUUGGUCACUUUAGCAAUGAUAAAAUAGUUUUGCAACUCUUUAGGUGAGUAAAUUAAGUCUUAAUGUAGAAUUUUUAAGUAAAGACUGUUACUUCAA